CAGUAUAUCCUCCUGCCGUCGAUUUCAAUGGUCUUAGUGAUGGUACACACUAGGAAAUCAAUAGACUUCAAAAUAUCGAGACAGUAGGUCCAAGGCCUCGCUCAUAUACGAGCAUCUAGAGAGAUUGAACCAUGUGAAGUCUGACAAUGUGUCUUCCCAGGGUUGUCAAUGGAUGAAACUACGAUCAUCUUACUGCACAAAGCCUACUUUUAGCAAAUACGUAGUCAUUGGAGGCAAUCACUCAUAUCUGGAACAAGGUUCGAAGUCCGAUCACGGACAGAGGUUUAUCCGUUGCCGAGAAAUUCUCCCCAACCAAGUACACAGAGGAUGCGAACAGGAUCACCAACUCAACCUGCGACAUGGCGGAAGAGGGGAGUGCCGCCGCAGGCGGGAAACUCCCGAAACCUCCAAAUCCAGUCUGGAGGAUGAUGGGACUCCCAAAUUUCCGCCUAAGACUUCCUUCGCGCAAUUGGAUGAUAUUCCUUACAGUAACGGGGUCAUGGACAGCGGCUGUCAUGUACGACCGACGGCAAAAGAAGCACAUACAAAGGAAAUGGGCGAAACUGGUGGAGCAUAUCGCUGCGGAGCCUAUCGAUACCCACCAGCUACCACGCAGGCUUACCGUAUACAUCUCCGCCCCUCCCGCGGACGGACUGAUUCCCGCGCGCGAACAUUUCAACGAAUAUGUCAAACCUAUCCUGGUCUCAGCUGCUCUGGAUUGGGAUGCAAUAGAAGGAAGGAGAGAAGGCGAUGUCAGGGCGGCCCUGGCAGAGAGAAUACGGAAACUGAGGAAGAAACGUGGAGAGAAAAGUUCGGAGCCUGUGGAGGAGGGAGUGGAGGACAUUUUGGAGGAAGCAAGGGCUAGGGCCGGAGUCAAAGAGUGGGAUGGGAUACCGGGGGAUAUUGUAAUUGGGAGGCAUACAUGGAAGGAAUACGUGAGGGGACUACAUGAGGGUUGGCUGGGCCCCCUGGAGGCGCCAUCCCGGCCUGAAGAAAGUAGCAUUGUUGCUGCGAACGGCACAGACUCCAGCUCAUCUGCAGCACUGCCGCUGACCGGUUCCCCGAGUGAAAAUGCGGCGGAUCCAUCGUCGACCGUUCCUAAGUCGCCUACAGACGACGCCUCGCCGACAUCAAGUCCCGAGCCGGAAAAACCGCAGGAAGAGAAGCAACCCAAAGCCGAAGAGGAGAAGAAGUCUAAGGGGAAGAAGCAACCUCCGCCUUACAAUAGCACAGUGGACUAUGCUGAGUCGAUCCUCUCUCCCAAUUGCCCGCAAGCCCUCGGACCUACCGCUGUGCUACCCCUGCCGCAUCUUUUAGGGUUCCUCAAUUUCCCGAUUCGCAUGUACAGGUUCUUGAACCGACGCCACGUUGCGGAGGACGCGGGACGACAGACAGCCGCUGCGGUUCUUGCCGCGUAUCGGCCUUUUGAGGCGCCUGCCGAGCGAACAUCUGAGCAGCAGGGGGACUCGUCCAAUGUCGCUGACGGGAAUGGCGAGGGGCAAUGGGAACAACAGAGGCUUUUGGAGUUUGAGGAGCCGGAGUGGCAUAAAUCCGUCCGGGAACGCAAAGAUGACGAUGGCAGAGAACGAGUGUGGCUAGACGAAAUGGUCCUUGACGAGCGCAUAGCGGAGCGGAUGAGGAAGUUUGUGCUCGAAAUGGAGGCCGAGGAGCGCGCAAGACAAAUCGCCCGCGAGAGCACGCCAGGGUGGUGGGAGUCUCUUUGGCCCAAGAAGGAGGAGAAGACCAGAAAUCUCUGGGAAGGUCUUAAAGAUGAUUGAGGAUACGGCCGUUACUGUGCACUUUCUGCGUCUCAGCUGCAUGUGGAUGGCAAUGUUGUUGUAAGAGUAGCGCGUACCGUAAGGACAUGGAGCCCAUGGGGCGUUCCCUGUAUAGUACCAUUGUAGAUUCUGGCGAUUUGCGCCUUUUUUGUUAGAGGGGAAAUAUACCACAUCACUUACCUCUUGCGAUGAUCUGUUAUUCUUGCGGC